AAAUAGCUGGCUAAACGUCAAGUUGCAGCAUAGAGUGCAGUUUACAACCACAUUCAUUUUAAUCACAUUGUAACAAAUUUAAACACGAGGGGAUUCGUAUAUUCUUAUUUUCAAGUUUUUGUUGAUAUAAACAUAUACCAAGAUGUACCCCGUUGGUCAACCUCCAGCGGGGGAGACGAGUGCUGGUGCAGUGGGUGUGUCGGGAGCUGUGACAUCUGCAGCGGGCACGACAGGGGCAUCGCCAGGCGCCCCGACUUCCUCGCCGCCAUCCGGAGCAGCCCCGGUCGGGGUGACGAGUGGCACGCUGGCGUCCCCUGCAUCCGCGCCACCUCCGGACCUACCCGUUCUCACCUGCCCUCGUCGACCCAACUUAGGCCAUGAAGGCCGACCAAUAAUGCUGCGUGCUAAUCAUUUUCAAAUUUCAAUGCCAAGAGGUUUUGUGCAUCAUUAUGAUGUUAAUAUACAACCUGAUAAAUGCCCUAGAAAGGUAAAUAGAGAAAUUGUUGAGACUAUGGUACAUUGUUACAAUAAGAUAUUUGGUGCUCUGAAGCCAGUGUUUGACGGUAGAAAUAAUUUAUAUACAAGGGACCCAUUGCCUAUUGGCAAUGACAGAGUGGAGCUGGAAGUAAUAUUGCCUGGUGAAGGAAAAGAUAGAGUGUUUCGUGUUACUAUUAAAUGGGUUGCUCAGGUAUCACUAUUUGCAUUAGAAGAGGCUUUGGAAGGUCGAACUCGACAGAUUCCAUAUGAUGCUAUAUUAGCAUUGGAUGUGGUGAUGAGACAUUUACCAUCAAUGAUGUACACUCCUGUAGGGAGAUCAUUCUUUUCAUCCCCCGAAGGGUACUAUCAUCCACUUGGUGGUGGCCGAGAAGUUUGGUUUGGUUUCCACCAAUCUGUGCGGCCCAGCCAAUGGAAAAUGAUGCUUAAUAUUGACGUAUCCGCAACCGCCUUCUACAAAGCUCAGCCCGUUAUAGAAUUUAUGUGUGAAGUAUUAGAUAUAAGAGACAUUAAUGAACAGAGAAAGCCAUUGACGGACUCGCAGAGAGUCAAAUUUACCAAAGAAAUUAAAGGUCUCAAAAUUGAAAUCACCCAUUGCGGUACCAUGAAGAGGAAAUAUAGAGUCUGUAAUGUCACUAGGAGACCCGCACAAAUGCAAUCAUUUCCUCUCCAGUUAGACAACGGACAGACAGUGGAAUGUACUGUAGCUAAGUACUUCCUUGAUAAGUACAAAAUGAAACUCAGAUAUCCGCACCUGCCGUGUCUUCAAGUGGGACAGGAACACAAACACACCUACCUCCCCCUAGAGGUGUGUAACAUCGUCCCCGGACAGAGAUGUAUCAAGAAGCUCACUGAUAUGCAGACUUCAACUAUGAUCAAAGCAACCGCUCGCUCUGCUCCGGAUAGGGAACGGGAGAUCAACAAUCUAGUUCGUCGUGCCAACUUCAAUACCGAUUUGUAUGUGAAAGAGUUUGGUCUGACCAUAUCGAAUAACAUGAUGGAGGUGCGUGGACGGGUGCUGCCGCCGCCGAAGCUCCAGUACGGCGGGCGCGUGUCAUCGCUCGGCGGUCAGCAGGCCUUGCCGAACCAAGGUGUGUGGGACAUGCGUGGGAAACAGUUCUUCAUGGGCGUGGAGAUACGAGUGUGGGCCAUCGCGUGCUUCGCGCCUCAGAGGACAGUCAGAGAGGACGCCUUGAAGAAUUUCACUCAACAGUUACAGAAGAUCUCAAACGACGCGGGUAUGCCGAUCAUCGGUCAGCCUUGCUUCUGUAAAUACGCGACCGGGCCGGAUCAAGUAGAGCCCAUGUUCAAAUAUCUUAAAUCUACGUUUGUACAACUACAGCUGGUUGUGGUAGUGUUACCAGGAAAGACGCCUGUAUACGCUGAAGUUAAACGCGUCGGUGACACGGUCCUGGGCAUGGCGACACAGUGCGUUCAGGCGAAAAACGUGAAUAAAACAUCGCCACAGACGUUGAGUAACCUGUGCCUUAAAAUUAACGUCAAGCUCGGCGGUAUCAACUCUAUUCUUGUGCCGUCUCUACGUCCUAAGGUGUUCAAUGAGCCGGUGAUAUUCUUGGGUGUGGACGUGACUCAUCCCCCGGCCGGCGACAACAAGAAGCCGUCCAUAGCGGCCGUGGUCGGCUCGAUGGACGCACACCCAUCCAGAUACGCAGCCACAGUGCGGGUACAACAACACAGGCAGGAGAUAGUCCAUGAGAUGAGCAGUAUGGUUCAGGAGCUGCUGAUAAUGUUCUACAAGAGCACCGGAGGGUUCAAACCUCAUCGCAUCAUAAUGUACCGGGACGGCAUAUCAGAGGGACAGUUCAUACAUGUGCUGCAACAUGAGCUCACCGCUGUCAGGGAGGCCUGCAUUAAGUUGGAAGCGGAGUACAAGCCGGGAAUAACUUUCAUAGUGGUACAAAAACGUCACCACACGCGUCUGUUUUGCGCCGACAAGAAGGAGCAGUCUGGAAAGUCUGGGAACAUACCGGCUGGGACCACGGUGGACCUGGGCAUCACACAUCCCACAGAAUUCGACUUCUAUCUGUGCAGCCAUCAGGGAAUACAGGGCACGUCCCGUCCUUCUCACUACCACGUGCUGUGGGACGACAAUCACUUCGGUUCGGACGAGCUGCAGUGUCUGACAUACCAGUUGUGUCACACUUACGUGCGGUGCACCCGCUCCGUGUCGAUUCCCGCGCCCGCGUACUACGCACAUCUCGUGGCGUUCAGAGCGCGUUAUCACCUCGUCGAGAAGGAACACGACUCCGGGGAGGGAUCGCAUCAAUCGGCCUGCAGCGAGGAUCGCACUCCCGGGGCCAUGGCCAGAGCUAUCACUGUACACGCCGUCACCAAGAAAGUCAUGUACUUCGCAUAAGACGAACGAACCCUCUAUAUAGCGUAUAUACUUCCUCCGAGACGUGUGUUCUAUAUCUGUACUAUUCCAUAGGGCAUCAUACUGUAUCAUACUGGCCCCACCUAGAUGACGUCAUCGACUUUAGUAAAUUUACGACACCUCUGUUAUUGUCUAUGACUAACAAUCUGUAUCUGUGUAGAGUGAGCGUGUAUCACUGUACUAAGAAUUCGUCGGAUCUCGUACUGUUUAAGCUCUCGUAUUGAUUUCUUUCACGUAUGAGUAGUUUCCAACGAAUGGCGGCUGGGAGUGAGGUUGCUGAGCUUGUUUUUUUCAUUAAUAUAUUAAGUUACAUCGAUUGUUCAUAUUAAUGAAUUUAAUUAGCUUCUAAUGUAUAUAUAAAAAGAGGCCAGAGUAAUAAAAUAUAUGUGAGCUAUAUGUUAGAGAGCUGGCUUUGUAAAUGUCUAACUCUCGUUAAUGACACGGAAGCAAUAAUGAAUAUGAAGUGCUCUAAGAAUUAUUUCCUGCAUUUAAAAGUAUCUUCUUUUUUAACAUUUGACUUGCUAUUAAUGAAUUUUUGUGAUAGUAAAUGAAGUAAUUUGUAUUCCGUUCCCUCAGAGACAUUUCCAACAACGGAACGCUGAACAGAUGUUCAGAGUAUUCUGGAGAUUUAUAUUUAUUAUUGCUUUAAACAAGUGCUUUAAUCACAACGGAACUUAUAAAAUGCAAUAUCGUCGAUGUUCUCCCAUUAUUUCAAUUACAAUGGAGUCUAGCUUGUACAAGGGAAACUUCUUGAAUUAGUUAAUAUAAAUUAUGUAAGAAAAAUCAUGGAAUAAUUCAUAAUCCGGUUUCUGAUACUUCGCAUAUAACAUUAUCCAUGGAUAUAAUAUCGUUCGGUGUGAAUUAAGACGUGCUGUUAUGUACAGCCUGCAAGAUCAGUGGCGUGAUAUGUAAUAGAUAUAAGUUCAGAGUGAUCCAUGUCUAUGGCAAAUAAAAUAUAACACCCGUUUUCUUAUUAAAUAUAUUUCAUUCUCUAUAAAGUAUUGUAAGUAUACUAUAACGUAUUUUUUUAUAACACGAUACGAAAUGUCGUUCAUGUUUGUGCUGAUGACUUUGUUUCCGAUCAUAAUCAGUAGACGCUCUAAUGGAUAUGGCAAAUGCUUUCGUAUUGUAAGAAUAUUUUAAUAUAUGUAAUUUAAUAUUAAUGAGAUGUUUAUACAUGUGUGUCGCAGCGGACGCAGCAUCCGUCGGUUUUUAUGGAUACCGCAUUUUCUAUGUCAGUUGAGAUGUCACCGCACGUUUAUUAGGCACAGGAGAUAAGUGAAGUGAAUGGUAACAAAUUUUUUAAGCUAGAUAACGCUUUAAUAUGUUGAUGUUCGACAGUGUUGUUGCAAUAGGAUUGAUGACCAAAUACCAAGAAGGUUUUUCUCUUUAAUCUUAUUUCUAUACUAUUAUAGAGAGUCCUGACGCUGGAUGUGUAUUAUCUAUGGUCCCGCGUGGAAAAUGAGAGCUGUGCGAUACAAACAUAUUAUUCUUGACGAUGGAAUGAUUUUAAAUUGAAAAUUAUUCUAAUUACAUCUUAGAAUGCCGCCAUCUUGUUGUUCCGCACGACUCUGAUGGAAGCGCCCUCUAGUGUUAAGUAGUUAACUCUUUCAUUAUAGGAAUAAUCAAUUUGUUUUCUAAUUUCUACAUAUGUUGCAUAAUAAUUAUAUGUUGCUUUUAAAACUUUUAUGUAAGUACAAUAUAUGCUAUUAUAUAUUGUGUGUCAGAUCAUCUCGGACAUGUUUAAAUUAAAAGUUUACAUGAGUUAACAUUUUCGUUUCAGAGUUGGUUAUGAGAAUCUUAAUGGGCUCAACAACUUCAAUAGUUUUAAGGAAAUGUUUAUUUAAUCGAUCUGAAAUUGAAUUAUUCGGAAAUGUUCAAAGACACGUCUUUUAAAUAUUUGUAUAAUGCGCUAUUUGACGUCACCUUUGAAUUUAUAUAUAAAUUAAAAUGUUUCUGAGCUUAAGUGCCCUUCACACUCUCCGUAUGUUUCGAGAUGUCAUUGAACCGAGUGGCAAUAUUUUUAUAAACAUUUAUAAAAGUUCUUUACUUCAAAAUUUUGUGUAAUAGCCGAUAUGUUAUCAAUAUAUGACGUUUGUUGGGAAUGCUCUUGCAUUUUACAAUUAUUAUUAUUAUUUUUGUUUUUUUUUUUUUAUUUUUUAUAAAAAUCUUCCAAUAAUUUGAGAAGUUAUCAAAAAAAUUUCGUUUGAUAUCAAUAUUAAAUCUUAGAUUGAAGAAUGUCUUAAAAUUUAUCUUAUAUGGACUAUAGCAUUGGAUCGUUUUAAUUUAAUUACAAUUAUAUAUUCAUGAGACGAUGGAAGCCGAUGAUAUAGUUAUGUUAGUGUAGGAUCAGAAUAUAAAUUGUUGUCGAUAUCGGAAUUAAAAUGAAGGUUUUAACUUUUCUUUUAGUGUUACGUCGCGUCGUGCUAACGCUUUCUUAGAUGUAACGAAGAGCUCUUAAAUAUGCCGAGGAAUAGUAAUUAGUUAUUCUAAAACAUUUGGUUUAAUAUUAACGAUAAUUAAGUUUUUUUUUUCUGUAUGCAAUAUUUUUAUAUAAUGAUACCAAAUGAUCGUUUUUGUACCGCCUCUAGUAUAUAAUACUUACAUAUUUAAUCGAUUCCACACUUUGAUAUAUAAUAUCUGUCAUAGGUUCUGGGAGUGUUGUGGCUGAAUCUUUAUAAACUUGAUGUGUAUUAUAUCGGGCCAAACCUAGAUGCUUAUUAAAAAAAAAAAAUAUGUCGGCAGAAAUUUGAAAUAUUUUCUAAACCGUUUUUAUACUCUACAUAGAAAAAAAAAACAAUUGUAUUCAAUGUAGUAGCCUGUCAUUCAUAUAUGUAGUAGUAAUUGUAGUAGAUAGCGUAUAAUUUUUAUAUUACGUCAUAUACUUAAGUUUAUGAAUGUGUAGAAUUUCAGCGAUUAAGGUUUCGAUAUAGAUAAUAAAAUAGAUUCCAAAUUUUUCGUGCAGGGUAUGCGGACAUUUGAAUAUUGUAAUUAUUACGCCCAUAUCGCGUAUUAAAUAUUACUAAACUGUUAUUUAUUAUUUUAUAUUUUUUUUUGUAAAAAUGCAUAAAAAAUAUAUUUUUUUACGGCUUGGAAUCUAACGGCGUACGCUCAUUCUGAUGUUCUAUCUAGUUUCGGUUCUAUAAAUUUUGGGCGUACGUUAGCAGGUUGCCAUUCCGUGUGUUCGCUUAUUAUUUCAUACGACGCCAUCUUGUGCUCAGUUAAAAUAAAAUAAAUCUAUAUAAUUAAAUCAUCUGUAUCAAGUGUAACGUUUGUGAGGACAUCGUUUUAUACAAUUCCUAUACACGUCCAUCUUUCUAGUUUUAUAAAUUAAUAAUUAUUUAAUGUAUUUUAACGUCCCGUGUUUUUUAUAUUGUAACUAGUCCGCCUUCCUUACUCUUAAUUAGAAGUGUACUCGUCCGUUGAACUCAAAUGAACCGUAUAACAUACAUAUCUUAAAUAAAACAAUCUUGGAACAAAUAUAUAAUAUUGUAUUUGUUGUGUCUGCACUCUGAAUGAACUAUGCUUUUUUUGUGUUUCUAUUAUGAGGAAUUGGUAUUAUUAUGAUUUUUUGUGUUCAAAGGAAAAGACUACAUUUAUUCAACGUGCGCUUCAUAUUGACAGAAGCUGUGUUUUGUCCUGACGAAGCGCACGCAGUAAUCCAGUGCUUUGUCAGUUAAUUUGAUAAUUUUACAAUAACAAAAAAAUUGGACGCAGAAACGGGAGUAAGUGUAGUCAGUCCCUUAAAAAGCCUUUUAAAAUAUAUAGAUCAUAGAUUA